AUGGAGGUGAGUUCAGGCGUUGACGCGAAUCCGCUGCCGCACUUUGGUCCAAUAGCUAACACGAAUCUGACAAAUGUUACUUCAAACGCUUUGUAUAUUAAGCCUCGAUGGACGUCAUCGCAUUUUCCAAGGCUUUUAUUAGUCCAAAGAUUCAUUCAGCUCAUACGAAUGCUGCUUCAAGUAAACCAGUGA